CUCUUACUCCUGGACCCUCACAGCCCUGAGUGGGGCCACCCUCCUCAGAGAAGGUUUGAGUACAAGCUCAGCUUCAAAGGACCAAGGCUGGCAUUGCCUGGGGCUGGAAUACCCUUCUGGAGCCAUCACGGAGAUGCCAUCCCAGGCCUGGAGGAGGUACGGCUGGCCCCAGCCAUGUGGAACCGGAAUGGCGCCAUGUGGAGCAGGACCCCUGUCCUCUUCUCUGCCUGGGAGGUGGAAACGCAGAUGAGGGUGACUGGGCCAGGGCGCCGGGGAGCCCAGGGCAUGGCCGUGUGGUACACCCGGGGCAGGGGCCAAGUAGGCUCUGUCCUGGGGGCGCUGGACUCUGGGGACGGCAUUGGGAUCCUCUUCGAUUCCUCGGCUGAGAAUACCCAGAACAGCCCUGCCAUCCGUGUGCUGGCCAGCGACGGGCACACCCCCUACAAGGCGCUUGGGGAUGGAGCCAGCCGGGUGCUGGGCUUCUGCCACCAGGACUUCCGGAACCGGCCUUACCCCUUCAGAGCACGGAUCACCUACUGGGGGCAGAGGCUGCGUGUGUCCUUGAACAGUGACCUCACUCCCAGCAACACGGAUGAGAUCUGUGUCGAUGUGGGGUCCCUGCUUUUGGCCCUUGGAGGUUUCUUUGGGGUCUCGGCAGCCACCAGCACCCUGGCAGAUGACCAUGAUGUCCUGUCCUUCCUGACCUUCAGUCUGCGUGAGCCGGGUGCAGAGCCUCCCCCGCAGCCCUUCCUGGAGACAGAGCAGCUCUGCCUGGCAAGGUAGCUGGAAGGGCUCCUGGGCACCAAGGAGGACAUGACUCCAAAGCCGAACUGUGAAGUCCAGGAAAAGGGGGAAAGAAGCUUUGACCUGGAGGAGACACUGCACAGACACAGCCAGAUCCUGCAGGCUCUCUAGGGUCUCUCCAAGCACUUGGCACAGGCUGAGAGGCCAUGGAAGAAGCAGCUGGUGUCCCCAGGCCAGGCCAGGCCGGAGGGAGCCUGGGCCCAGGACUCCCCCUGCCAGGUUCUACCCACCCCUGAGAGAAGUGGCCAACUCUCCAGGUCACUCGACUCAGCUAAGGUCAGUGCCCUACUCCGCGGACAGCGGACUCUGCUCCGAGACCUGCAAGAGAUGAGGGAUGCAGCUGCUCACAUGGCCUCAAGAGCCCAGGUCUUCUAUCUGCCUGUGGGCACCAAGCAUCAUUUCUUAGAGCUGGCCCAGAUCCUGAGCCGUCUGCAGAAGGACCUGCAGGGUCCAGUGAAAGCGGCAGCCAAGGACUCCUGCCCACCUGGUCGGCCCCCAGGGGUUUCCUCGUGCCUGCAGCCUGGCAUCUUCCUGUUCUUCCUCCUCAUCCAGACUGCAGGCUUCUUCUGCUAUGUACACUUCAGGUGGGAGCUGGACAAGAACCUUCAGGACUAUUUGUCCACAGGCAGCCUUCCUUUGAGUACUGCACCACAAGUCCCUAGGAUCCUGGGGGCUCUGAGGAGGCAGCCCCUCUCCCCCAGCAUACAUGAGUGA